UAGCCGGAAGCUCGGUACGGAAAGGGAGACCCGAGGUGGCGGUGGCUGGCACCGGUCCCUCCCCCGCGGUCGGUCGAAACGACGAGGUGGACACCCCCUUGCCAGUUUCACACAGCUUCCUGCGGCUCCGGUGUUGCCAUUCCUCUCCAGGCUCCCUCAGGCGCCACCUUUGUGUCCUUCUCCUCCCCGUGCCUUCAGGCCCCAUCGGGGCGAUGGUGGGAGGGCGGCGGGGGGUGGUGUGGGCCGCAGUAGGCCCGCCCGUCUCCCCUCCUUUCCCCGCCGCUCGCAGGGUUGUGAGUGCUGCUGGGCCGCUGGGCCCCUCCCCCAGGCCAGAUGGAUCCUUCGUUCCCGAAGCCCCCCGCGGGAACGGCCCGCAAAGAUAUGUGGCAUCCAGGAGAAAGAUGUCUUGCUCCUUCUCCUGAUAAUGAAAAACUUUGUGAAGCUAGUAUAAAAUCUAUCACCUUGGAUGAAAAUGGGAAAUCAUUUGCAGUUAUCUUAUAUUCAGAUUUUCAAGAAAGGAAAAUACCUCUUAAAAGACUUCAAGAAGUAAAAUCUACUAAGGAAUGCCCCAGAAAUUUUAUAUUUGAUGAUGAAGAUUUAGAAAAACCUUAUUUCCCAAACCGAAAAUUUCCGUCAUCUUCUAAGGCUUUUAAAUUAUCUGAAGAUGGAGACUCGAUUCCUUAUACUAUUAAUAGGUAUUUGAGAGACUACCAAAGGGAAGGAGCCCAGUUUCUUUAUGGACACUACAUCCAAGGAAGAGGGUGUAUUCUUGGUGAUGACAUGGGACUUGGAAAAACAGUACAGGUCAUCUCAUUUCUGGCAGCAGUUUUGCAUAAGAAGGGAACUCGUGAAGAUAUUGUGAAUAAUAUGCCAGAGUUUUUACUAAGAAGUAUGAAAAGGGAACCUUCUUGUAUAGCAAAAAAGAUGUUCUUAAUAGUUGCUCCUCUUUCUGUCCUCUACAACUGGAAAGAUGAAUUGGAUACCUGGGGAUAUUUCAGACUUACUGUUUUACAUGGUAACAAAAAAGACAAUGAACUGAUUCGUGUAAAGCAGCAGAAAUGUGAAGUUGCUCUAAUAACUUAUGAAACACUACGAUUAUAUUUGGAUGAACUUAACAGUUUGGAAUGGUCGGCUGUCAUUGUGGAUGAAGCACAUAGAAUCAAGAAUCCGAAGGCGAGAGUAACAGAAGUUAUGAAAGCUUUGCGUUGUAAUGUCCGCAUCGGCCUCACUGGGACCAUUCUUCAGAAUAGCAUGAAGGAACUGUGGUGUGUUAUGGACUGGGCUGUGCCAGGACUUCUAGGUACCAGGAUCCACUUCAAAAAGCAAUUUUCUGACCCAGUAGAACAUGGUCAGAGACACACAGCAACGAAAAGAGAAUUAGCUACUGGCCGAAAAGCCAUGCAGAUGCUUGCAAAGAGGAUGUCUGGCUGGUUUCUUAGGCGUACUAAGACUCUUAUCAAGGAUCAAUUGCCUAAGAAGGAAGACAGGAUAGUUUAUUGUUCUUUGACAGAUUUCCAGAAAGCUGUCUAUCAGACUGUGUUAGAAACAGAAGAUGUGACUUUGAUACUUCAGUCCUCUCAGCCCUGUACCUGUAACAGUGGCCGAAGAAGACGAUAUUGUUGCUAUAAGACCAAUUCUCGUGGUGAAACAGUGAAAAGCCUGUAUCUCAGUUACCUUACAGUCCUCCAGAAGGUAGCCAACCACGUGGCGCUGCUGCAAGCUGCUGGUACCUCCAAACAUCAGGAAACACUUAUCAAAAGGAUAUGUGAUGAGGUAUUUUCCAGAUUCCCGGAUUUUGUGCAGAAAAGCAAAAGUGCAGCCUUUGAAACACUUUCUGAUCCUAAAUACAGUGGGAAAAUGAAGGUCCUUCAGCAGCUUUUAAGUCACUUCAGGAAAAACAGAGAUAAAGUUCUUCUCUUCUCCUUUUCCACCAAGCUGCUUGAUGUGUUGCAGCAGUACUGUGAGGCCUCAGGGCUUGACUAUAGGAGACUUGAUGGAAGCACAAAGUCAGAAGAGAGACUCAAGAUCGUGAAAGAGUUCAACAGUACAUACGAUAUCAACAUUUGUCUUGUCUCUACCAUGGCUGGUGGACUAGGCCUCAAUUUUGUUGGUGCCAAUGUUGUUAUAUUGUUUGAUCCAACCUGGAAUCCAGCCAAUGAUCUUCAAGCCAUUGACAGAGCAUAUAGGAUUGGACAGUGCAGAGAUGUAAAAGUGCUUAGGCUGAUUUCCUUGGGAACUGUGGAGGAAAUCAUGUAUUUGCGACAGGUAUACAAGCAGCAACUUCACUGUGUGGUGGUGGGAAGUGAAAAUGCCAAGCGAUACUUUGAAGCCGUUCAAGGAUCAAAAGAACACCGAGGAGAACUUUUUGGGAUCUAUAACCUCUUCAAGUUAAGAUCCCAAGGGUCUUGUCUUACAAAGGACAUCCUAGAGAGAGAAGGCCAAGUAGAAGCGGGGAUCAUGACAGCCACAACAUGGUUGAAAGAAGGACCUUCAGAACACAAAAUAGAAACACCCAGGGAGUCUGACUGUCAAGAACCCAGAGGGCUAGAAGAACCUGCAGAGCCACUGGCAGCUGAAAUGUGUGACCUGUGCAGUGACUUUAGUGAUGAGGAAUCCAUGGGAACCUCAACAACGAGGACUGCUAAACACAAAGUAUCCUAUGCAAGUAAAGCUUCUGGCUCUUCAGGACAGCUCACCUUAUUCCAGUGUGGUUUCUCUAAAUUGUUUGAGGCCAGAUGUCAAGUUCCUGAGGACAGUGAUGGGAAUAACACCUCUGGUGGUGGAAGUUCUGAUGAGCAGCCCACCCUCCCCUCAGCAGUUGCCAGAGAUGCUGCUUGUCAGAAAACUCAGGAUUCUGUUUCUGCAUCGAAACACCAGAACUUAGGUACCAUCCUAAAUCCACAGGAAAAUUGUACUUCUAAGGAAAGCAGGAUUUUAGAACAGAACAUUUCUUCUGAGUCUAAUGAAAAAAAUUUUCAAACUAUUGUUGGACGUAAUUGCAUUUUACAGAAUGACACAGAAUCAGAGGACAGUGAUGUUAUCUUUCCCACACAAUAUAAAACACAGAGAUUCCCUAACAAUCGCAUAAGGCUUAUGCCAUUCCUGGGAUCUGAAGAUUCUGGAACAGAAAACCCUGUAAAGAUCAGAAAUAGUCAUCAUGGCAAAAAGAAGGGUGACAGAGGAAAUGGAUCAAGUUCAAAAAACUUAAAUGCCACAAACAUGACACUGAGAUCUAUUACAGAAAGAAAAGACACUGGUAAUAUUAGUGAUGAAUCUGAUGACAUUGAAAUUUCCUCCAAUUCAAGAGAAAGAAAGAAGAUAGCUACUAGUUCAUUAAAGUUAAAGAAGGAAAACAGAAGGAAACUUGACUACAUUUCUAAAACAAUGAAGAAAACAAACCAACUGUGUGCACCGGAUGAGGGUCCUAACUCUCAGCUUAUUGAGGCUUUUUCAUCCUCAGAUGAUGAGUUAUCUGCCAGCCACUUCUGUCUCACCAAACAGAGCCAUAGAGAAAAAACUAUGAAAGACAAAAUUACUUCCUCUUCAAAACUGCUUAGCCAUAAGAAAAACAAUACUUUCAGACCAAGAAAAGCAGUGACAUUUUCAAAUGAAGGUUUUGUCACUCAAGAGCACAUGUGUGAAUCCAUGGAUAAAAUUUUAGAUGGUGUUCAGGAAGUAGCUUACAUUCAUUCAAACCAGAAUGUGAUUGGAUCGAGCAAAGCUGAAAAUUGUAUGAGUCGAUGGGCAGCCCGUGAUGUAUUUGAGCUGAAGCAAUUUUCCCAGCUCCCUGCUAACAUAGCCGUUUGCAGUUCUAAGACAUAUGAAGAAGAAGUAAGUACAGAUAGAGUGGCACAUGCAAAGAAAGGCCCUCAACCAAAUGAAGGUAACAAUUCAUUUCCUCUCUACCUGGCAUACCCCAUAAGCCAAAGGAAGAAACAAGUCCACCGGACAGACCAGACUACCUUCAUAAUUGGAGAAACACCAAAAGGAAUCCGCAGAAAACAAUUUGAAGAAAUGGCUUCUUAUUAUAACUUACAUUCAGCAAAGGAAUUUGCUAAAUGUAUAGCUGAUGCCACAUCAGAAGAAAGACAGAAAAUGCUGAGGAACUUUUAUAUUUCUCAGUAUCCAGAAGUCAAAGAACUUUUUGAGGAGUCUGCUUCUGUAUCCCCUGGAUCUACCCACAAGGAAGGAGAGAGAGUCAGAAAUGAAAUCAAAGAAAGAAAAUCUGUCAAAGAAAGGCUGCCAGAUUCUAAACGUCUAACAUUUAAUGAUUCCACCAAAAAUAUUUCUCAAAUUUGUAACCUAAAAAUGCAUAAAAGAGAAGCAAUUAAAUGUCAUAAAGAUGUUUCUCAUGAAGAAGGGGUACUGAUGAAGAAACUAAGUUCUAGUGAUAAAGAAACUAAGAAAUUACCUAUGAGCCCCACUGGAGAGACUCAGAGUGGGAAAAACAGCCAAAUACCUGAAGACCCUGUAGCCUCCUGCUCUCUGAACAGGAAGUCAGAAGCACAUGAGAAAAAGUUGAAAAACACCAUGGAAAACCAACAGCCACCCUCACAAACCAACCUCACAAGAAUGGAUGUUUCAAGAAAUGGAUCCCUGUUCAAGUUGGAAAAUAAAAAUGUAGACAAUCCAGUGUUCGGAAGCCCUUCUGUGGAAGGCUUACUUGGUGACACCUCUAUUCUUGAUGACCUCUUUAAAAGUCACGGGAACAGUCCCACACGACUGCCAAAGAAAGUUCUUUCAAGGACCAUGGAAAAAGCGAAACAGAGGCCAAAAGACUUCUGGGACAUCUUGAAUGAGCAGAAUGAUGACAGUCUUAACAAACUCACCGACUUGGCAGUGAUAGAGACUCUAUGUGAAAAAGCACCCCUUGCUGUGUCCUCCAAAAGGAAAGCAGAGCUGGAAACUUCCCUUUGGAAAUCCAAUGAGAAGUUUUUGUGGAAGACAUUCAACUCAAGUGAUACAGAUGAAAACACAACCAAUCCACAGAGAGAGUAAUGCAUACAUAUGCCAGGGAAUUAGUUCACAUGGGAACUGCUGCCAUGAAUGUUUACAGCACUGUGUGUGGUAUGUGAGUUUGUAGAUACAGUUACACAAUGGUGGUAUUCACUUGAAUGGUUGUUAACAUCUAUAAUGUUAUCAUGGAUUUGUCUUCCUCUAUAUCAGAUUUGAUAUUUAAAGAAAUCACUAUCAUAGGUCUGGAGGCAUAAUUUAAGUGGGAGAACACUUGUCUAGGAAGGAAUGUCCCUCAGCACUGCAUAAAAUAAAAGUAAAAUGAGAUUGUAUUAUAACAUAAACCUCUUCUGAA